CUAUAAUAUGUAAAAUAUGAAUCCGCUGACUUGCAAGCUGGAAGUUCUACUGUACGAUAUGUCGACGUGUAUAUCAUCAUGGCUGUUGGUAUUGGGAACCCUAGCAUCCAGGUCACGUAGCUGGCGUCAAGAUGCUCCGACCAUCACAGCACCUGUGUCGCCAGGGCAUCGCUAGGCCAAUUGGCCGCUCAUUACUAUGCCAAAAAACUUCCUCGAGCUGCUGGCGCGCGACGAUAAUACCAUGGGGCCGUCUCUCGGGCAACUUUAUUGCCCAGACUCACGGACCGAGGCACUUCGCAACAUCCCACUCGCGCCUCUCCGCGCCCUCCAAACCAACAUCGCAAGAGCCGAUCGCGACCGCUUUUCCAUCAACUCCCACAGAAACACACGCCAGCGACCUAUUAUCCCCGCCAAAUCCUCAACGUCCAAAGCGCAGACGAUGGAUCAUCGCCAUGACGCUUAUCAUCGUCGGCGGAUUCAUAGGCACAGUAGCCGAAUGGAUCAUCUUGCCGCCGCCCAUUGAUUCCGCGAGAGAAAGAUUAUUGGUAGAAAAGAUCCAAAAGGACGGCAACGAGCUUCCGAUUGUCAAGGAGCUAUCAACAGACCCGGCUUGGACGUCCUGGGAUGCGUACAGCGGCGUGUCCGCCGCACGGUCGCGCAUAACCUCCGGCCCGAUGGCAGGGUUCGCGGGGCUCCCGUUCCAGCGCAUCUUCCACAACGCGGCGACCGGCGAGGUCGUGACGGUCGUGUACUUUGGCGGGGGGCUCGCCGGGUUCCCGGGCUUUGUGCACGGUGGCGCGCUGGCGACGCUGCUUGACGAGUCGCUGGGACGUUGUGCCAUUCUCCACUUUCCGAGCCGCACCGGUGUCACUGCGAACCUCGACAUCACGUACCGCCACCCGACGAAGACGAAGCACUUCUACAUCAUUCGCGCGAAGCCUGUCGUCAACCCUGACGAUGACGUUGUCGGCAGGGAUGGCGUUAGGAAAGGCGAUCGCAAGCUCUGGGUUUGCGGCACCCUCGAGAACGAGAAGGGCCUUACCGUUGCUGAGGCUAAUGGUCUGUUUGUAGUCCCUAAGGGAUUCAAACUUCAACCUCUCGUUAAAGACUUCUAGAUCCCGAGCCGAUAGGGGUAGAUGUGGAUGGUCCUAAGCUCAUCAUGGGUUUACGGAUAUGCAUUACGGAGCUCUAGAGUAGAAUAGAAGUCUGCUGUACUUGCAAACAGCAAAACCUUGUACGUCCACGAGACGAGUAGAUUUUGGGUGUGCACGAUACAUGCAAUGGAGAGG